GCCUCCCAGUCAGUAUAAAACCCAGAGUCCAACCCUUUUUCCCUUCUCUUUCUGUUACCUGGCUAGGGGCAGCAGCAUUGGCCGUGUAAACCCAGAAACACCGAAACUACAACAAUGGGAAAGGAAAAGUUCCACAUCAACAUCGUGGUCAUUGGCCAUGUCGACUCCGGCAAGUCCACUUCCACCGGUCAUUUGAUCUACAAAUGCGGAGGAAUCGACAAGAGAACCAUCGAGAAGUUCGAGAAGGAAGCCGCUGAGAUGGGCAAGGGCUCCUUCAAGUACGCCUGGGUGUUGGACAAACUGAAGGCAGAGCGUGAGCGUGGUAUCACCAUCGACAUCGCUCUGUGGAAGUUUGAGACUGCCAAGUACUACGUGACCAUCAUUGAUGCCCCUGGACACAGGGAUUUCAUCAAGAACAUGAUCACUGGUACCUCUCAGGCUGACUGCGCUGUGCUGAUCGUUGCUGCUGGUGUUGGUGAGUUUGAGGCCGGUAUCUCCAAGAACGGCCAGACCCGUGAGCAUGCCCUGCUGGCAUGACAUGGUUCAAGGGAUGGAAGGUUGAGCGUAAGGAGGGUAAUGCCAGUGGAGUCACUCUGCUGGAGUCUCUCGAUGCCAUCCUCCCCCCGUCCCGCCCCACCGACAAGCCCCUCCGUCUGCCCCUGCAGGACGUCUACAAAAUCGGCGGUAUUGGAACAGUACCUGUGGGUCGUGUUGAGACCGGUCUCCUGAAGCCCGGCAUGGUCGUAACCUUUGCACCUGCUAUGCUCACCACUGAGGUGAAGUCUGUGGAGAUGCACCACGAGUCUCUCACUGAGGCUAUGCCCGGUGACAAUGUUGGUUUCAACAUCAAGAACGUGUCCGUCAAGGAAAUCCGUCGUGGAUACGUGGCUGGCGACAGCAAGAACGACCCACCCAAGGGAGCCGACAACUUCAACGCCCAGGUCAUCAUCCUGAACCACCCUGGCCAGAUCAACGCAGGUUACGCACCAGUGCUCGAUUGCCACACAGCUCACAUUGCCUGCAAGUUCACCGAGCUCAUCGAAAAGAUUGAUCGUCGUUCUGGCAAGAAGAUUGAGGAUAGCCCCAAGUUUGUCAAGUCAGGAGACGCCGCCAUUGUCAAAAUGAUCCCACAGAAGCCCAUGGUUGUGGAGCCCUUCUCCAGCUACCCUCCCCUCGGUCGUUUCGCCGUCCGUGACAUGAGACAGACAGUGGCUGUUGGUGUCAUCAAGGCUGUUGUGACCAAGGAUGCUUCCGGAAAGACAACCAAGGCUGCAGAGAAGAUCAUCAAGAAGAAAUGAAUGGUCGUGCAGGACAUCCAGCAACAAGAAGUGUGCCGGCAGCAGCGGGCCACUCCUUUCCCCCUGCCAUGCCCUCACCCUAUAUCAUCUUCUCUGUGGCAGAUCUCGUUACUCAAGGACUGGCUUAUGCUGAUUAAAACCCAUCGCAAAAGUUUUCGCAGGAAAAAGAACUAAAUGGCAUUGUCACUUACCUGAAUCACAUGACGGUGCCUCUUCUCAGUUAAGUUUAAGUUGGAAAUGUUGUUCAAAUGCCACAAAUUUAAUUGGAAAGAAAGCUGCUGGUAACUAAUAAAAAUAAAUGUCUUUGAAAAAAUUGAAA